AAGUUGGGGGGUGCAACUUUUGAUGGGUUGUUUUAGAGACCAAUCUGAACAAAUAAUGUGAAAUUCAGCUUGCCCCUAAUUUUUUCGAGGUUCGACUAAAAAUUUUGCUAAAAUGACUGGACUAUGAAUUUAUUUGGGAAAAUUCUUACAUGAAAGACAGCCAAACUUGGAUAGGGUAAAAAAAAAUUUGAAUCGAACGAAGCUACCUAAGUCGAAAGAGUGUGCAAAAAUACAUUGCCCACCAAAAUUUCAAGUGUAUAAAAAGAAAUCGAAUUUGGGCCGAAAUUUCAGAACCAUCUCCAUACAUAUGUACAUUGAGCUGAAUUUCAGCUUUUUUCGUCAAAACAGCAUGCACAGGUGCAGUGAAAAAUGCUGUAUAAGCUACUCGUAUCAAAUUCAAGUACUUAAAUCAUAAGCAGCAACAAUUUUCAAGCAGUUUUCAUGGCACCUUCAGAAAAUCUGGAAUUUCCAAAAUAAGGCGAGAGGCUUCAAAACUGAUCGAAACCAUCUUGAAUGGAUUCAGAAUGUUCAAAUUAGGAUUUAAAGUUAAUUUUAGCUCUUUGUCUUCAUUGGGUAAAAUUUUGUGGACAUUUUUAAAAUUUUAAAAAUCUGCUGAAGGCUCCAGAACUGCUCAAUACGGUUUAAACUUGUUUUUAAUCAAUUCGGUUGAGUCGAAAAUAGGAUACACCAAAUUUGAGCUUUUUAGGCUGAUUUCGUUAGAUUUUUUCGUAUGAAUUUGAACUUGAAAAAAUAUUUAUUUAAAAACGCCAAGCAACUUUGGCUUUUACGUCUACUGUUUAUCACGCAAGUACAUAACAACAUACACACUACACAGAUUACGAAUUCAAUAAAUUAACACCUACGUAGGCCACUGUUUGGCUCUUUGAUUUUCAAAAAUUCAACAAAAAUUGAAAAACUCUUCAUCAGAUCCUGAAGUUUUGGUAGGUGAUGUAAAUAUUUUUGCGAACUCUCUCAAUAUAGGUACUAGCUUUGUUCGGUUCAAAAUGUAUUCUGCCCAGUUGACCAACAUUCGAAUAAAAAAUUCAGUUCGUGUUACUUAUGUUUGUAUUUGGUUCAUUUAGAAAUAGAAAAACUAGUUGAUAAUAUCGAAUUUUUAUUUCUACUGUACCUACUUCGUUCGUAUCGUACCUUCAGAAACACGUUAUCGUGUAGGUACUUAGGUACUUUUUCACUCUGUCGGACGAUUUCGUUCAUUCGCACGUGGUUUUUAUCCCACGUUUGUGCAUUUAUGAUUUUUUAGAUGUUUUAAUUCUGAUGCAUCUGCAAUUUAAAUGAAUUAAAAAGUGAUUUAUGUUGACGGAAGUUUUGGUAAACCGUUGUUAACCAUGUUGGAUCCAGUCAUACAGCAAAAUAAAAAUGCAUCUUUAGUAUGGAGGAAUUUAUCUGUAACUGUGCAUCAUGUGGAAAAUGGAUUUUUGCAAAAAAAGAAACACAUUAGUACUGAAAUUAUUCAUAAUGUUAGUGGAGCUGUUGAAACUGGAAACCUCGUCGCGAUAUUGGGAUCCAGUGGCGCAGGAAAAAGUACUUUAAUGGGCGCUUUAGCUCAUAGAAAUCAAAAUAAUGUUGUCGUCGAAGGAGAAAUCACAGUACUUGGAAAACCAAUUGGAAAAUUCAUGAACGAAAUAUCCGGAUUUGUGUUCCAAGAUGACUUAUUUGUACCUACAUUAACUGUCAAAGAACAUCUCAUGUUCACGGCAAAAUUGAAAUAUGGUCUUGGGACCUGUGAUGGGACUCUGAAAGGUAUGAUCAAUGACUUGUUAUCAGAAAUGGGCCUGAUUAGAAUACGAGAUAAACUUAUUGGAAGUUCGUUUUUGGAGAAAGAAGAAAUACAUUUAUCUGGCGGUGAACAAAAAAGACUUUCCGUUGCCACUGAAUUAUUGACUAAUCCUCCUUUACUAUUUUGUGAUGAACCAACUACUGGACUGGAUUCAUUUUCAGCUUUAAAAUUAGUCACCAUUCUGAGAAACGUUGCUGAAAAACAUAAUAAAACGAUCAUUUGUUCCAUACACCAACCAAAUCCUCGAGUUUUCGAAUUGUUUCAUCAAGUUAUAUUACUAUCUAGGGGAAAAAUUGUCUUCAUGGGUGAUAAUGAAAAAGAUUCGCUGUCGUUUUUCAAAAGUCAGGGAUACGAAUACUCUGAAGAUGAAAAUCCGGCUGAGUUUCUGGUCAAAUGCGUAUCGCCAGGAAAUCCCGACGAAAUUGACAGGCUGUCGAGAAACUUUCAAGAAAGCGAAUAUUUCGAGUAUAUUCGACACCAUUGUAGCAAUCCGAAGCUUAAUCAAGUUCCUAUUCGAGAAUCUACUCGAGCAUUUUUGCCAUCGUGGAUUUACUCGUUCUUUUUAUUGACUUAUAGAAAUUUUCUAUCUAAUUCGAGAGAUUUAUCGGUUCAAUAUUUACGUAUUUUGCAACAAUUGUUAUUAUCGAUUGUGAUUGGAUUAUGCAUGAGAGGUGCAAUAAAUAUGAACCAAUCGGGUAUUCAGGCGGUUUUUGGAUUUGUUUUCAUGUUAGUGUAUGAAAAUUCAUUUCCAGCUAUGAGUGGAAGUAUUACGUUGAUACCUAAAAAAAUUAAUAUAUUUUUUCGAGAGUAUUCAAACGGCACAAAUUCGCCACUGAAAUUUUUACUUUCUAGUAUCAUUUCUUUGACUCCUGGUUUGGUUGUCGAAGCUAUUUUGUUUACAUUAACUCUAUACUGGGUUGUCGAUUACCAACAGACUUUUGAAGUUGUUGUACUGACGUGUUUGGUGUCAAUACUUUUAAUCUGCAGUUCUUCAGCUUUCGGCAUGUUUACGUCUAUUUUGUUCAGAACAACUUCAGUUGCUGUUAUCAUAGCUGUACCAAUUUUCAACGCUUUUAUAUUAUGCGCUGGGUUUUACAUUCGAUUAAACGCUUUACCAAUUUACGCCAUUUGGGUACGUUAUGUUUCUUGGCUAGCCUACGCUACUGAAUUAUUUUUCAUUUUACAAUGGGAUGAAGUUCAUCAUAUAGAUUGCCCAUCCAAACUACAUUUACCUUGUUUGAGAACCGGUAGUGCGGUUUUGGAAAACUAUAAUUACAACGUGGAGAAUUUUUGGUUUGAUAUUUACGUAUUGGUAUUUAUGUACUUUUUGUUUAAUGCUGCGAGUUACAUUUGCCUGUUGCUUAGAAUCAGAAAUAAAUGAAUUGAUUAGCUCAAAA